AUGACCACUGUCUCAUCUCAUCUUUCGCGGAAACGAACAGAGGAUACCUUCUUGCAGUUCCUCACCAAUUCUUCAUCCAUUAUCAUUGUGUUUUUGAAUGAACUCGCUGCUGCAUUUGCCGCUGGAUCUCCCGCCGCUGAAGCCCAGGAAAUUGUUGAUCAAUACCUCAAGAAUGCCCCGGACAGCAGCCUCGCGAACGUUUUGUCAGAGGAACAGCAACGCAAAAAGCUCAAUAUGAUCGCAGAUGAUAUCUUGUCCAGCUUCCUCGAUGCAAAAGCCUAUGGCUGUUCCCCUGUGAGGGAUUUCCUCCGCGAGAUCUUCUCGGGAGUCAUCUUGGAGUCGACUGUGAUGAGCCUUUCGCGCCCCGAAUUCAUCAAUGAGUGGAUCAUCUAUCUCCUACAGGAUGGCGAAUCUGAAAUCAUGCACGCAAUCGAUGCUGGCGUCGAGGGGGCACGUAAACAGGGCGUUUCUACCCCAAAGGUCUCAGAGGAGACGAAGAGUGGGCUACCAGGCCCGAAAAAUGACGCAAUCGCUUUUCAGAAUAUCGAUCAACAAUCCAACCAUACUGAUAAGGCAACGGAAGAGGCCAUCCUAGAAGCAAAACGGCUGAGCGCUAUGAUUGCAUCUCAAGACGUACAGGGAUCUUGUCAACAAUUCGCCGAAAUUUCUCAAUCCAUAGAGGCGCGUCAAUUGACUGAUGAGACAAAGAAAUCAUCGACGCAGCCUACGAAAUCCACCCAACAACCGGAAAUCUCAGCCCCGGCGGGCAUGAUGGAGAAUCAACUGCUAACCACCGACUCGAAAAGCCCAUCAUCAAGUCCUACGUCAGAAGACGCAACCCCCUCUUUGGCCCUUCACGGUGCUUUAGUCAUGGUGGAUGACGAUGGUGCCCAGAGUGAGAAAGGAAUCAUAAAAUCACGACCUACGUGGGAUUAUCUCUUGCAGGUCGAACCACCGUCUACUCGCUCCACCGGAUGGAUGCUAUUUCGAAAGUACUCGGACUUCCAAUCUCUCCAUGAAAUGCUAGUGACGGUGUCACGUUUGAACCAAAUAACGAGCUUCUCUGGACGAUUUCCAACCUUGCCCGCCUGGAAAGGCCAAACCCGAAAGGCGCUUGCGCGAGACCUGGAGCAAUAUCUACAGCAUGCCUUGAAGCAUGAACUCCUUGCGGAAACAGACCGAAUGCGGCGAUUUUUAGAAAAGGACGCGGGAACCAGUGAGGUCCCCUCUGUCAAACCGGGAUUUUCUUUCCCGAGCCAGAGUGCAUUCGAAAACAUGGGCAAAGGGGUCUUAGGAGCACUCACCAAUGCCCCUAAAGGUGUGGCCGGAGGUAGCAGGGCGGUCUUCGACGGUGUGACCGGGGUCUUUGGAGGUGUUGGACAUAGCAGAAAGCCAACAAAUAGCGACCGGCUGUCCCAUCAUCAGAAAACGCUGUCACAAUCAGAGCGGGAACUUCCAAGCAACUCUAGCUCCACGGGCGACUCGAGUCGCAUCGAUUCUUCUCCAGCGGAACAUAGGCUGGAAGAUCACUCGACCUCGUCUCGGACUAGCGAAGAAGAGCGCUCGGCCCGGGUCUCGCCGCCAACGAUUUCCUCACUAGGCAUGACAACGGAGGCAAGUCCGAAGGCACCACCUGUGAGUGGUUCUGGCAAUAGUAUGAAUCAAGUUGUGAGUGAGCAGGAUGCAUGGACCUCGGGGUCGACACCAGUGCAGCCUGAGAACCGGAAAUCGUUUGAGUCGAUCGGCCACGUUGAAGCAGUUGAGGUCAAAGAUGACUCGGCCUUGGCAUUAUUGAAGCCAGCGGACGAGACCAAGUUGACAGGGGAAACGGGCUCUGGCUCACAAGGCGUGCGCCGACAACGGCAACCUAUCACCGCGGAUGAGACUCAAAUCGCAGUCGAGCUGAUUUUUGCCGUGAUCAACGAACUCUAUACUCUUUCAUCUGCAUGGAUUAUUCGUCGGACCUUACUGAAUGCCGCCAAAACGUACAUUCUUCGUCCUGGAAGUCCCACUCUCGAGACAAUCCGGGAGUUGCUGCAAAAUUCCAUGAUCGAAAGCCACACCUCGGAUGAUGCCGUUGGAGAAUAUCUAAAAAAGCUGCGAGAGAAUGCUCUGCCGACAGAUGAUGAGUUAAGGGCCUGGCCUCCCGCGCCAAGCGAACAGGAAAAGGCGCAGCUGCGCGAUAAAGCACGUCGGCUGUUCGUUCAGAGAGGAAUUCCCCAGGCACUGACAAGUGUCAUGGGUGCAGCGGCCAGCCGGGAGGCGCUUGAGAAGAUCUUUGACAGCCUACAGGUGCAAAAGGUUGCACGAGGGUUUAUAUUCUCCGUGCUUCUUCAGGGUUUACGGGUUUUGACACUGUGA